AAAUGCGUGAAAUUGUUCAUAUCCAGGCAGGUCAGUGUGGUAACCAAAUUGGGGCAAAGUUCUGGGAAGUUAUUUCCGACGAGCACGGGAUCGAUCCCACCGGAGCAUACAAUGGAGACUCCGAUUUGCAGUUGGAGAGAAUCAAUGUCUACUACAACGAAGCUAGCGGAGGAAAGUAUGUCCCACGUGCUUGUCUUGUUGAUUUGGAGCCAGGAACCAUGGACUCCGUUAGGGCAGGUCCCUUUGGACAGCUCUUUCGACCAGACAACUUUGUUUUUGGUCAAAGCGGUGCCGGAAACAACUGGGCCAAAGGUCACUACACCGAGGGCGCCGAACUUGUAGACAAUGUUCUCGACGUUGUCCGUAAAGAAGCUGAAAGCUGUGAUUGUCUUCAGGGAUUCCAAAUGACUCACUCUUUGGGAGGAGGAACUGGUUCUGGAAUGGGAACUCUUUUGAUUUCCAAAAUUCGUGAAGAAUAUCCAGAUCGUAUCAUGAUGACUUUCUCCGUAGUGCCAAGUCCAAAAGUGUCCGACACGGUCGUCGAGCCGUACAACGCAACUCUUUCUGUUCAUCAACUUGUUGAAAACACCGACGAAACAUUCUGUAUUGACAACGAAGCCUUGUAUGACAUCUGUUUCCGCACGCUCAAGCUCACCACACCGACCUACGGAGAUUUGAAUCAUCUCGUUUCGAUGACGAUGAGUGGUGUCACCACCUGUCUUCGUUUCCCGGGACAGCUGAAUGCAGAUUUGCGCAAAUUAGCUGUUAACAUGGUUCCGUUCCCACGUCUUCAUUUCUUCAUGCCCGGAUUUGCUCCGCUCACAUCCAGAGGAAGCCAGCAAUACAGAUCGCUCACCGUUCCAGAGCUCACACAACAAAUGUUCGACGCCAAGAAUAUGAUGGCAGCCUGCGAUCCAAGACACGGUCGCUACCUGACAGUUGCUGCAAUGUUCCGCGGAAGAAUGAGCAUGAAAGAAGUCGACGAGCAAAUGCUCAAUGUGCAAAAUAAAAACUCCUCGUACUUUGUUGAAUGGAUUCCAAACAACGUCAAAACUGCUGUUUGUGAUAUUCCGCCAAGAGGAGUAAAGAUGGCGGCAACAUUCGUCGGAAAUUCCACUGCAAUUCAAGAGCUUUUCAAGAGAAUCAGUGAGCAAUUCACAGCUAUGUUCCGUAGAAAAGCUUUCCUUCAUUGGUACACUGGAGAAGGUAUGGACGAAAUGGAGUUUACUGAAGCUGAGAGUAACAUGAAUGACUUGGUCUCAGAGUAUCAACAGUAUCAAGAAGCAACCGCCGACGACGAAGGCGAGUUUGAUGAGCACGAUCAAGAUGUGGAAUAAGCUUAAUUCAUUUUCUACGUUUUUUUUCUAAUUUCCAAAGUUGUCAUAUUAUUUUACAUAAUUGUGUUUCUCUAUUUCUCUCUAUCUUCUUUUUUUUCAAAACAGUAAUACAUUACUACAAAUGCAUAGUCUAUUCAAAAAUUUAUUUCUCUUCUUCUGAAACUUUUUUUUAUAACUGUCAAGUUCUGCUGCUUUCUUCUUGUCCUUAAAAAAAGAUUUAAAUUUUA